AUGCGGUCAAAAAAAAAAAAUUGUUUUUUUCUCUACUUUCCAAUUUUUUUUGUUUCACUAGAUAGCUGUCUUCUCCCAAUCCUGCUGAAGUGUGCAACAAUGACUGCUGACAAAAGAAGAGAGGAAAAUGUCGAGGAUUUAGACGAUGGGCUUGCCAUUGACUACGAGUUAAGCGACAAUGAGGAAGGCAUCGAAAUCGAGUCUGAGAUAAAGGAACCAUCUGCUGCAGAUAAGACCGAUAUCGAGGGAGCAUUUGAUAGCGAAGUUGAAGAGGAAGCCAAGGAAGGUACCGAUGUGGUUGUAAGUGUUGGCAAGAAGAGGAAAGGUCCAAGUGAAGAGAAGAAAUCGAAGAAGAAGCAAAAGAUGGAGUUUGAAAAGGAGUCCAAGAAGUCAUUAAGUGUUGAGAAGAAUGAUAUUAUCGUUGAGAAGCUCAAUUCCAAGGUCCGGGAAGUGUAUCCGCAACUGUCGCCAUUGGAGCUAACGGAAUACUACUUGCAGGGGAAAAAUGUUAUUGAUAGCAGUGAUUUUUCAAUGGAGAAGAACCUCGAGAACCUCUCCAAGUACAUUGAGAUGUACAUGAAGGAUUUGAUUCCAAGCAUCAAGGAGUUCAAGAGGCUGAGAAACAAGAUCAAGAAGUUUGAGACGAAGAAGAAGUUCAACAAGAAGUUCAACAAAACCGUUGAGAUUCCAAAGAGGAAGUUUAUACUAAUAUUGUCCAUCUCUGCGAUUCGGGCUUGCGAUGUUCACAGGGCCACAAGGGACUUGGAAGGUGGGUCGAUCAAAUUGAUUGCCAAAAACCCGAUUGGAAACGACUUGAAGAUGUUGAAAACAACCUGGAGCAGGAUCUUGAAUGCCACUCCUGGGAGGAUCGAGAAGUUGCUAGAUAUAAGCAAACAGGACAAGGAGAAGAAUUUUGAGAGCACGCUAGCCCUUGCUGCGGAUGAGAUUGACACUGUUAUUCUGGACAACUAUGUCGAUCCCAAGCUACGUAGCGUGGUUGACGACAGGGAGACUUUUGACUUGUUGAAGAUCUUGAAGGAGGCAAACCCCAAACUCAAAGUUUAUGUUUAUUAG